ACAGUUAGUGACCGUCUGCCGAGGUGGACGGACCUAAACCUUCAUUCCUCCCGGUCUCUCACAUAAACCCUUCUACACCUCUCUCUCUCUCUCUAACUCACUUUCUCUCACACCGACGUUCAAUAAGAGAGAAACUUACGAUAAACAAACUUACUGAGUGAAAGAAUCUGAUAAAUCACCAAAUUACCAUCGGAAUGUGGAUCAUAAUAGUGACCAACCCAACUCCUCAACUACCCUGAACUACGUCACCGAACUGGCUCAAGCACAGCCCUCAAGAGCCAACAAUGUACAUGCUUAAUGCUUGACGACCAUCCAAGCUUGAGUUAUAACUUGAGGGAAAUUUGUUUGGUUUGAGUGUGAGUUUUGUGUUGACUUCUGAGGUGAAGGAGAAUAGCCUCGAGUUGCUGCUCCUGCUUCUGUUGUUGCCACUCUUGAGCUGAUCUACGCGUGUGACCAGGAUUACCUACUCCGUCAGCGUCGCCUUCAGGAUUCCCACAAUGUCACGGUGGAGUUGGUCCCGCGGGUGUUUGUCAGUGACGUGCAUCCUCGCGGCCAUCUACCUUACCACUGGCCACCCUUUACUAUACCUCAGAGGUACCCGAUAUGGUUACGCCCGCAACAUUCGCCAGUUACCGUGUGUGUCUAAGCGAGGUGGGGCGGGCGUCUGUAUGUUCGCCUGGGACUGCAUGAAGGCGAAUGGAACCCACUUGGACACUUGCAUGGACAGCUUUUACUUCGGAUCCUGCUGUAGGCUGCCAGGGGCUCGACCUCCCGUCUCUGAGGUCACCAACGAGAUCGUCCCCAUGAUCCCAGGAUUCGUCCCUACGUCAUCACCCCCAGGAAGUGACGUCACGGGAGGCCAUACGUCAUCAUCUCCAGGAAGUGACGUCACGGGAGGCCAUACGUCAUCAUCUCCAGGAAGUGACGUCACGGGAGGCCAUACGUCAUCAUCUCCAGGAAGUGACGUCACGGGAGCCCAUACGCCAUCAUCUCCAGGAAGUGGAGGUUCUGCCACGUCGGGUGAUGGUUCUGCCACGUCGGGUGAUGGUUCUGCCACGUCGGGUGAUGGUUCUGCCACGUCGGGUGAUGGUUCUGCCACGUCGGGUGAUGGUUCCACUCCUGAACUAAGUCCUGACACUGGUUCUACCACUGCAGUCCGCCCUGAUGUCGGUUCUACAACUGACGAUGAAAUGGUUACUCCAGGCGAAGGUUCUAUUGUACCAGGCGAAGGUUCUAUUAUACCAGACGAAGUUUCUAUUUUACCAGACGAAGGUUCUAUUAUACCAGGCGACGGUUCUAUUGUACCAGACGAAGGUUCUAUUGUACCAGACGAAGGUUCUAUUGUACCAGACGAAGGUUCUAUUGUACCAGACGAAGGUUCUAUUGUACCAGAUGAAGGUUCUAUUAUACCAGGCGACGGUUCUAUUGUACCAGGCGAAGGUUCUAUUGUACCAGGCGAAGGUUCUAUUGUGCCAGACGAAGGUUCUAUUGUACCAGAUGAAGGUUCUAUUAUACCAGGCGAAGGUUCUAUUGUACCAGGCGAAGGUUCUAUUGUACCAGGCGAAGGUUCUAUUAUACCAGGCGAAGGUUCUGUUGUACCAGACGAAGGUUCUAUUAUACCAGCCGAAGGUUCUGUUGUACCAGACGAAGGUUCUAUUAUACCAGACGAAGGUUCUAUUAUACCAGGCGAAGGUUCUAUUGUACCAGGCGAAGGUUCUAUUAUACCAGGCGAAGGUUCUAUUAUACCAGGCGAAGGUUCUAUUGUACCAGGCGAAGGUUCUAUUGUACCAGGCGAAGGUUCUAUUGUACCAGGCGAAGGUUCUAUCACCCAUGACGGAAGUUCUAUGAUGGGCAGCACCCCAGAAGACGGGGCCAUCAUAGGAGACAUAACAGUCUCUACUGACGAAGGUGCUAUGAUUGGAACUCAACCAGAGGAAGGUUCUGUCGUCGGUGUGGGUGUCCCAGGUGAGGGUUCUGUCACUCCCGGCGAAGAAGGUUCAAUCACCCCAGAGGAAGGCAGCACCAGUGAGGUCAGUCUUGGUGCUGCAGCAGGAGGUUCUAUAGAUGGGAUGGAUUCGUCGAUGACAGACACCUCGACAGGAGAGGGAACAUUCGACGGCAUGGGCUCGACGGAUGGUGCUCCAGGAUCUGUUAUUGGGGGGACGGUCGAGGGAAGUCCACCUGCCGUCAUGGGACAGACUGGAGACGAAACUACUGUCGAACUGGGUCCCGUCGACGGUCAGACUGGAGGGCAGACCGGGGGCGAACAGUCAGCCAACGAUGGACUGGAAUCAAGCAGCCACCAGUCAACGGCCGACGACCAGACGACAGAGGAGGCGCCAUCCACGACUCUCUUUCCGAUUUCUACUGAGGAAACUCCUGCUGCUACACCGUCGUCGGUACCUGGAGGCGGAGACGUUCCUACUGACGGAGAGGGACCUUCAGGAGACGAUGGACAGACAACAGACACAACGCUCUCGCCUUCAGGCACUACAGACGAAGGAGAGAGUCAGACCCCAAGACCUGGUGACGCAGACCAAGGGGAGACAGAUGGAGGGGAUGCCCCGUCUACUGCGACAGAAGUGAGCGUCGCUGUCGACCCCGAGCCCUCACACACCGAGGUCACGGCUCCCGGGAUCACUGUAGGGGAUGAUACAAUGACCACCGACGAUGCAGGAAGCACCACUGGGGCUCCUACAGCAGAAGAAACACCUGAAGGAGGAGUCACUCUUCCGGAUUCUAAGCCAACUCUCCCAGACAUCGAUGCUGCGACACCGAUCAGUCCACCUGCGACAGAGUCCACCAUGUUACAGGAGGCCACAGACGCCCCUACGACACUGUUUCCUGUAGAAGUCGUAGAUGUUUCCUUCACAGAGACAGAAACCACGUCAGAAUCUUUAGCAGUAGAAGACGUCACGACAUUGUCACCCGGAGUUAGUGGGUCACACACGACUAGUCCUUCAACCACUGACGCAGCCAUCACAGUCACCGCCACCACCAGUCCCGACACUAAACCGCCAGGCGAAACAACAUUCGUGCCAGUGUUCGCCGCAGCCACAGUACGUCCUGGUAAACCCGACGGCGACGCUGACGAUGACACGACGGAGUUAACACCAGUAACCACUUUCCCAUCCCUACACGUCAGCCCGACAGAAGAAACAGAAAUCCCCGCCACCACAAUCAUCUCUCCCUUCCUACCCAGCAAACCAAUCAUCUCCGUCCUCCCAGCCUCCACGACCCUCCAGUCCAACACGACAACAACACCUCCUCCUGCCCCGACGACCAGCCACCCAUUAGAGCAAAGACCUAUCAUCUUCCCUGGAGGAGGAGAGGGCAUAACGAAGAAACCUGCCGCGACUGAAGAACUCGACCAAACCGCUACAACACUACGACCUGGUGUAGAAACCGUCGAUAUAUCCCAGAGACCCGAUGAGCUAGAGACCACGAUCAAACCCGUAGAAGUGACUGAAACCACUUUGAGACCCAUUACUGUUGAUGCCACUGACUCAACGGAGGAACCUGUUAGUGCUGAGACAACGUUAAGCCCGAUCGUCACAACAGAACAAGAACCUGACACUGCAACGAAGAAACCCACAACAACGGAAACAACAGAGAAACCCACGACAACGGAAACAACAGUAAAACCCACGAUAACGGAAGCAGAAGAAACCACAACAACAGAAGCUGAAGAACCUACGACAACAGAAACAACAGAGAUACCCACGACAACGGUAACGCAGAAAUCCACGACAACGGAAACAACAGUUAAACUUACUACAUCAACAGAGACCCCAACAGAAGCAGCAACGACUACAACAGAAGACUUAGAGACGACAACAGAAGACUUAGAGACGACAACAGAAGGCACCGUUGAAAGUGAACUACUAGAGCGACUUAAUUCCUCCAGUUACAAAGACAUCUGUGGCGUUCCCGUCUACCCCACACGGAGGAUUGUCGGAGGAAGUGAAGCAACAUUUGGCGAAUGGCCCUGGCAGGUGUCAUUAAGACAAUGGAGACAGGUAACCUUCCUUCACAAGUGCGGGGCGGCGCUGCUGAACGAGAACUGGGCCAUUACUGCUGCUCAUUGUGUCGAGAAUGUACAGCCGGAGCAACUGUUGUUAAGACUUGGAGAAUUUGACCUUGAGAGAGCAGAUGAACCUUAUCCCUUCGCCGAGAGAAAGGUUCAGAUUAUUGCUACUCACCCGAAGUUCGAUGCCAGAACCUUCGAGUACGACCUAGCUCUACUAAGGUUCUACGAGCCGGUGACCUUCCAACCAAACAUCAUCCCAGUGUGUGUACCUCAGGACGACUACUCCUUCCUCAACAACACCGGCUACGUCACGGGCUGGGGACGACUAUAUGAAGACGGUCCUCUGCCAUCUGUGAUGCAGAAGGUCCCUGUGCCCGUCAUUACCAACAAGGACUGUGAGGAUAUGUACAGAGUAGCUGGAUAUGUGGAACACAUUCCCAACAUCUUCAUAUGCGCUGGCUAUGAAUCAGGAAGCAGAGACUCGUGUGAGGGAGACUCAGGCGGCCCUCUGGUGAUAAGGAGAGACGGGGUAUGGAACCUUGCUGGGGUCAUCUCGUGGGGUAUAGGCUGUGCCCUGCCCAACCAACCCGGCGUGUACACCAGGAUAUCUGAGUUCCGGGAAUGGAUUGAAAAGAUUAUUGUAUUUUAAAGAUUAUCUAACUAAUAGAUAUGACGCCAGUGGAAAUAAUUUAUUGUAGUGUUUUGUUAAAUAUUUGUAGUAUUAGCUUUUUCGGAGUAAUUGAUGUAUAUUUAAUUUUAUCAUUAAUAUUUUAUUGGAAAAUGUGAUAUUGUCUCCAAUUGGUUAUUUAAUUUAUUUAUUGUGAUUUUUUCUAUUGUAUUGACUAAUAGAAAUAAUAGUUUGGUUAUUUACUUAUGAGAGACUAUUUUAUAAGGCUUUUGUUAACUUUUAUUUGUAUUUAAAGACUUGUUAUUUAUUACCAUUGAUAUGAUAUUGUCUAAAAAUACGACUCAUUUUAUGAUCAGACAUUCAAUAGUUUUAUUUAAUCUGGAAAAAAUACGAUUAGCUUCGAAGGCAUAAGUUUAAAGUUGUUAAUAUUUAUUCCUAUAUUAACUAUAAAAAUUACUUAUUCUUUCGAGGAUUAAAUUAAAAUGUUGUUGACUGUAUGGCAGGUUUUGUUAGUAAUAUUAUUUGACUAUUUAUUUGUAAUACUUGUUAAGCGAUCUCCUUCCCCUACAAGGUGUCAAUACGGAGAUUAAGGACAGUUCCCUCCUCUUAUAAUAGGCAUUAUUAUUAUUUGAUAUUUAAUUCAUGUUUUUGUGUGUCGUUAGUCAUUGUUGUUGUUGUUGUGACAGAAUGACAUAUAUGGUGAUAUUUUAUUGUGAUGAAAAUUGGUUUAUUUUUAGGUAAUUAAUGAAAGUUUUUGUCCUUUUAGAUAUAUUAAAUUAUUAUUUUUUAUCAUUUUACAACGACAUAAAUAUUGCCUUAUAUUAUGAUGUCAGUUUUUGUCACAUUACACGACACUUGACGAUAUUUGUUACUCAUUUGUUAUCAUCAUCAUCAUAAUUAUCACAACACACACACACCAGUGAAAAGUGUGUGUGUGUGUGUGUGUAGAGAUAUAGUGACUGUACACCAUUUUUCUCAGUAUGACAGGUGUGUUCUGUUGUGUCGAAACAUUACCGCGACCGUACUUAUAGUGUUUACAUGUGUACGUGAUAAUAUCCCUCAUCUCUUGCUCAUCCUCCCCGCCUCGCUGCCUGUGAUAUCUUGUGUGUGUGUGUAUGUCUGUCACACCCAUAUGGCCACUGUUAUAAAGUUACCACGAAUGUCACCGCGAACCAUAAUUACUUAUUCAAAUUAAACGAUAACUAAACUUAACCUAACCUGAGGAUCCUUAAGUAAUUAUGGUUAGGUUAAGUUAAGUUUGGAUAAUGUUUGAAGAAUACAAUUUUAAUUAAAUGUUUUACUCUUUAUAAGUUUUGUUCGUGGUAAUUAUUUACUAACAUUGACCGUUUUACCCCUCUUCCUCUCCUCCCACACUCAACCCCCUCCCUACCUCACCAUCACCCCCUACCCUUCCCCACUACCUCAC